UAGUAAUCCUUGACGUUCCUUUGUGAUCGGUUGGUUCUCUGUGAGAUUGUGGGAUCACUGCUGGCGUUCAGUGGUCCCAAACCAAGCAUGUUGCAUUUUCCAGCCAGUCGGGCAUAUUAUCAAGUUUUUUGUCUAGCAUUUUUCUCAGGACCAACAAUGCGAAGCUUCUUCAUCUUCUUUUUCUCCGAGAAAAGGUCUAUAUGUAGAAGGGGGUAUAUUGAUAUUUGUGUAGUGUUAAGAAAGAGGAAGAAACACGAAAAAUGCCAUGAACCCCAUCGAAGCACAUAUUAGAGUUGGUAUUUCCAUCUGCCCAUCCAGGGAAUCAAACAAUAGGACUAAAAGCCUGCUGCAAAAUGCAAAUUUGAG